AUAAUGUAUCUUAUCUGUAAACUCCUAUACAUUGCUAUAUUUGCAGUUUUGUCGGCUGCACCACCUUAUUUACCAUUAUACUAUCAUGAUGUCCUCGGUUUCUCUUCAGACCAAAUAGGGUUUGUUCUUGCCAUUGCUCCAUUUAUCCAGUCUAUUGCCUGUCCCCUUUGGACUUAUACUGUUGACAAAAAGCCAAAGUUACACGGCACCACUAUGGCAAUCACAAGUUUGCUUGGUGGAUCUGCUGUUAUGACUAUCAUGUUUGUGGGACACUCUGUUUCAUCCGAAGUUGUAGUCCCUACAGGUUUCACCAACAUGCUACAGCUGGAACUGUCAAAUAGAACGUUGGUUUUAAUGACGUCCACUUUAGCUCUAGCCUUUGCCUUCUUCACGUUGCCUAAUCUUUCAUUAGUAGAUAGUGCUGUCAUGAAGAUGCUUGGACCAAAUAAAAUUUUAUAUGGCGAACAAAGAUUAUGGGGCUCUGUUUCAGCUGGCUUAACAAUUUUAUUGGUUGGACAGCUUAUAUCUAUAACUGGGAGUCUUGAUGGUUUAUUCUGGGUAUUUGGGGCUUCAACACUACUAUUUAUUAUAUGUUCCUUGAUGGUCAAUGUGAAUAGCUCAGAAUAUCAACUCAUUCCAGAAAUGAUGGACCAUGUAGAAGAAGGUUUGGAGCGCAUUUCAAGUCGUGAACGAUUAUUAGAAUCAGGUCAAACGGAAAAUUCCGAGAAAUCGUCAUCUGGCAAUCGUCACCCAAUCAACUAUAACAGUAUCAAUAAUAGCAACAGUCAUUACGUAGAGUUAUUCAAGUCAGACAGUGUUACAUCGGCACAUACUAUUCGGGAAGAGGCUGAUGAAACUUUGGGUGUUAUUGGCGGGGUAGAUUUGGGUUUGGCUAUUUCAAGAAUUGCAUCGAUUGACCAAUCGAUGGUAGGUCUUGUUAACGUUACAUCCGAGGAUAUCCCAUCACCGAGCAGCGUAUUCAAAUCCGUACGAGUCCUUACAUUUCUCAUAACAACACUUUUAUUUGGUUUCGUAUUAUCCAUUAUCGUCAAUUUCUUAUUCUUAUUUCUGGGUCGUGAUUUACAGAUGCCCGCAAGCUGGAUUGGCUGGACUGGCCCUACGACAGGUAUAACAGAGUUACUUUGCUUUUGCUUUUCGAAACAACUGACAGAGAUAUUUGGUGUUACAAAUAUGAUUAUUAUCGCACACGUUGCUACGAUUGUUCGUUGUUUGAUCUAUACUAUACUUACCCCUGAUUCAUUUAUAACAAAUGUCAGUGCCCUGUUACUCCAAACAUUACACGGCGUCGGCUUUGGUAUCUUUUGGGCUACAGCUGUAAGCGAAAUGGAUGGCUUUUUCCCUCCUGAACAAAGAUCCGUGGCACAGGGUAUGCUUGGUGCGCUUCAUUUUGGCCUUGGUACUGGUUUGGGUGCACUCACGGGUGGCUAUUUAUAUGAAUACAUGGGCGCCAUUUGUAUGUUUCGAAUCGCUGCUUUAGUCGCAACUAUAAACAUGGGUAUUUUCUACGUAGGAAGGAUGGAAAGAUUUCGUUAAAAAAAAAAUCGAAUGUGUUCAGGUUCCUGUAUCAAUUCGGUGUAUUAUUUUCUUUAUAAUAAAUUUUUAUUUGCUUGUACAAUUCCACCAAUAUAGU